AUGUCCCCCCUCCCCUUCUGUCCGAACCCUGCCUUGUCCAUUAUGUCCCCCCUCCCCUUCUGUCCGGACACUGCCCUGUCCAAUAUGUCCCCCCUCCCCUUCUGUCCGGACCCUGCCCUGUCCAAUAUGUCCCCCCACCCCUUCUGUCCAAACCCUGCCCUGUCCAAUAUGUCCCCCCUCCCCUUCUGUCCGGACCCUGCCCUGUCCAAUAUGUCCCCCCUCCCCUUCUGUCCGAACCCUGCCCUGUCCAAUAUGUCCCCCCACCCCUUCUGUCCGAACCCUGCCCUGUCCAAUAUGUCCCCCCUCCCCUUCUGUCCGAACCCUGCCCUGUCCAAUAUGUCCCCCCUCCCCUUCUGUCCGAACCCUGCCCUGUCCAAUAUGUCCCCCCUCCCCUUCUGUCCGAACCCUGCCCUGUCCAAUAUGUCCCCCCACCCCUUCUGUCCGAACCCUGCCCUGUCCAAUAUGUCCCCCCUCCCCUUCUGUCCGGACCCUGCCCUGUCCAAUAUGUCCCCCCUCCCCUUCUACCCUGCCCUGUCCAAUAUGUCCCCCCUCCCCUUCUGUCCGGACCCUGCCCUGUCCAAUAUGUCCCCCCACCCCUUCUGUCCGAACCCUGCCCUGUCCAAUAUGUCCCCCCUCCCCUUCUGUCCGGACCCUGCCCUGUCCAAUAUGUCCCCCCUCCCCUUCUGUCCGAACCCUGCCCUGUCCAAUAUGUCCCCCCACCCCUUCUGUCCGAACCCUGCCCUGUCCAAUAUGUCCCCCCUCCCCUUCUGUCCGAACCCUGCCCUGUCCAAUAUGUCCCCCCUCCCCUUCUGUCCGAACCCUGCCCUGUCCAAUAUGUCCCCCCUCCCCUUCUGUCCGAACCCUGCCCUGUCCAAUAUGUCCCCCCACCCCUUCUGUCCGAACCCUGCCCUGUCCAAUAUGUCCCCCCUCCCCUUCUGUCCGGACCCUGCCCUGUCCAAUAUGUCCCCCCUCCCCUUCUGUCCAGACCCUGGGCUUUCCAAUAGUUCCCCCACCCCUUCUGUCCAGACCCUGGGCUUUCCAAUAGUUCCCCCACCCCUUCUGUCCAGACCCUGGGCUUUCUGUCGACCAAUCCUUCACAGACCCGCACUCAUGUUUAGCUCCAUCCACACUAACCCUGACGCCCCCCGCCCCUUCUGUCACUGCAAAGAAUCCUCAGACUGA